CAAAUGUUUAUUUACGGAAAAAAAUUUCGUAAAUUCAUCUUUAAAACACCAACAUAGAUGCAAACUGUUUGUUGUCGUCGCUAAGAUGAAACAAUACACUUUAUGUGGUUGUACAGCAAAAUUAAAAAUGACAACACAUACGAGUUUUUAUCAAGCAAAAAGAAGCAAUUAGAUUCAACAAAUGAAGAUAUCUCAGCUGAUCUGCUUUAUGGAAACCAAAUCGAGAUGAUAGAAGAGGGACUAACAUUUUUCAUACGCGGCCGAACACUUGCAAAUGGCAAAAGCUUCCUUGUUGACUUUUGUUUGGAUAAUGCAACUAAGGAUAUUGCUCUACGGGUAUCAACCUCAUUGACACACAACUAUAUUGGUCGCAAUACACGAAUUAAAUGUUAUUGGGGCACGGAGGAGACCACAGCCGCCAUUCCCAUAGCUUUAGAGCCAAACACCAGAUUCCUGCUACAAAUCCUCUUUACACUUGAUGAAAUUCUAAUAGCUUUAGAUGGCUUCCAUGUUGCCAAAUAUCAACACCGUCUACCCUAUAGCAGUAUACGUGCCAUUGAAAUCCGCGGCGAUGUCCAGGAUCUACAUGUGGAUAGACGAAUCGUUACGGACUAUCCUAGACGUACGGCCAGAUCCAAGCAUUUUGUACAAAUAAGCAAUCGUCAUGCAGAGACGGGUAUCUAUGAUCCUGCUGACUAUGAUUACCUAAGCGAUGAGCAGCUACAGGACGAAGAAGAUGAAUUAGGAAAUGAACGUUUUCUACCUUUGCCUUAUUAUGCCUCAUUUCCUCAAGGAUUCUUUGCUUUAGGCUAUCGCAUGGGUAUUCUGGGAAGUGUUAGCCCUAAAGCACAAUCCUUUAAGCUAAGUCUGCAGCUUGGGCAACAGAUUUGGCCUCAACCAACAGUGGCUCUCUUGCUGGAAUUCCAUUUCUAUACACGUCCCGAUGGGGAACCUGCAGAGCCCAUAGUAGCUCGUAACUCAUUUGUCAAUGACCGCUGGUCGGGAGAAAAUAAAUCGGAAAUGUCCACAGGACUGAGGCCCGGUGCUGAGUUCCAUUUGGUCAUAGUCCGAGGAAAGCUUUCUUUUGAGAUAUAUUUGAAUAACAAACCGCUUACAAGUUAUCCCUAUAAAGUCAAUCCUAAAUAUAUCGACACACUAUUUGUGGGUGGCGAUAUGAAAUUGUUUAAUGUUGAAAUUGAAGAGGGUGAUUAAAAACUGGUGUUUGUGCGAACGCUAGACAAUAAGUUGUGAUAGAACGCAAUUAUGUAGUAAAAAUAUAAGAAUUCUAAAUCUGUAUUUAUAGCUUAAUUUUAAAAUAAUUGUUAAAUUUUAUCAAAUAAAAUUAGCUUCGAAUUGUUGAACCAAA